CGCCCUGGAGUGCCAUUCGGUCGCUGUGAAACUGGAUCGACCCUCGAGAGCUCCUCGAGUAACUACUCGAGGCGUCUUCUACAAAGAGUCUAUCUUGCUGGCUAUCGAGGAGGAGUUCCGCCCUGCUCGUCCAACCCGUUCAUAUGGGUGCAGCUUUGAUUACCCCUCGGUCAGCCUCCGCACCCCAUGACAGUGGUCCAGUGACGUCACGGAAUAUUCAGUGGCACAGUUACAACAAGUGGCGGCCCUCGAUAAAGAACGGAAUACCCCAUGGAAACUGUAUCCACCAAUGGGGCACCGGCACCCCCGACCAGCCGACGAAUCGCGGCGACUCCUUACCGAUGAGGCGGAGGGGUUGAAAGCUUAAGAACACCGGAACCCGAGAUCUGCUCGACAUUGCCAGUCUCGUCUCUUCGAUAAGUGUUUCGCCAAUCCGCAACCCUAAGCUGCCCCCUCGUCGACACUUUCUCGAGGAAGAAAAAGCAGUCAUGAGUGGAUCCGGAAAGGGCCUCCUCGGGAUGUGGCUCUACAGAAGGGGGGAGGAGUGGGCCAUCAAAGAGGGCAGUCCGAUUCAUAAACCGCGGGACGUAAGUUGAUGAUACCAAUUGUGCGCUCGUUUUUCGUGAAUGUCAAAAUCGGAGGAACUCGAAUUUUUCCCCCUUUUUGAGAUCCCCAUGGUGGAGAAAGAUCCGACCAGCGACGACAAGAAUUCCGUGGUAUUCUCAUUGAAGAACCAAGUAGGCGGAUUGGCGAGAGCUCUUCAGGUGUUCCAAGACCUCGGCGUAAACGUCAUCCACAUCGAAUCCCGAAAAUCCGCCAGGCGAGGAUCCGAAUACGAAAUCCUCGUAGACGUGGAGUGCGACUCCAGAAGAAUGGAACAGCUUGUCAGAAUGUUAAGUCGGGAAGUGGCGGCCAUUAAUCUGGCCCAAUACGAACAAUCAGGAAACGUCCCGCGGCCGCCGCCAUUGUCCGCAGCGCCCAGUUUCGAUUUUACCGAGGCCAACAUGACGUGGUUCCCGCGAAAAAUUUCAGACCUCGAUCAAGCUCAGAAAGUGCUGAUGUACGGCUCGGAAUUGGAUGCCGAUCAUCCUGGAUUCAAGGAUCCAGUGUACCGCAAACGUCGCGAGCAAUUCGCCGACAUCGCCAAUAAUUACAGGCACGGUCAGCCCAUUCCAAGGAUUCAGUAUACGCAGGAGGAAAUAAAAACGUGGGGAACAGUAUUUCGCGAAUUGCACCAGCUGUACCUGAAGCACGCCUGCAAGGAGUACUUGGAAAAUUGGCCGAAACUCGUCAAGUAUUGCGAGUACAGGGAGGACAAUAUUCCCCAGCUCCAGGACGUGAAUGGCUUUUUAAAACGAAUGACGGGCUUCCAACUGCGACCCGUAGCUGGUUAUUUAUCGCCCAGGGACUUUUUGGCAGGACUUGCAUUCCGGGUAUUUCAUUGCACCCAAUACAUACGACACUCGUCCGACCCGUUCUACACUCCUGAACCGGACUGUUGCCACGAGCUUUUGGGACAUAUGCCGCUUUUAGCUAAUCCGAGCUUCGCGCAGUUCUCCCAAGAGCUCGGACUUGCAUCCCUCGGUGCAUCCGACGAGGACAUCGACAAAUUAGCGACGUUGUAUUUCUUCACCGUUGAAUUCGGCCUGUGCAAGCAAGAUGGGGAUUUUCGCGUAUACGGAGCUGGACUCCUGUCAUCGGUGGCGGAAUUGAGGCACGCGGUGUCCUGCUCCGAGAAGAUCAUCAGAUUCGAGCCGGAAGUCACCUGCAAACAGGAGUGCAUUAUUACUGCAUUCCAAAACGCGUAUUACUACACUGACAGCAUCGAAGAGGCGAAAGAGAAGAUGCGGGCCUUUGCCAACCAGAUUCAACGACCUUUCGGCUUGCGUUACAAUCCUUACACCCAAUCCGUGGAGGUAUUGACGGAUGCCCAAAAGAUCACCGCUUUGGUCAGCGAAUUGCGCGGCGACCUCUGCAUCGUAUCGAACGCCUUGAAGAAGAUCCACGAGCAAGACGAGAGCGUGGACGUCGAGAGGAUAACCAGUCUAUUGACUCGAGGAAUCGAUAUACCGCAGGAUACUUCUUCCUCCGAGAGCGAAGACAACGAUAAGAGUCCGAAUGUAGAAGACGAUCCGAGAAUUCCCCGCCAUCUGGAAGAGGAAGGUGAAUGCGGAUACAGGCCUGACCCUAACGUGAUAACGAGACAACGUUAAUAUCGCUAGUAUUAUUAAUGUUGUUCCGCUCAUGUAUAGCAAACUUACUAGUUAUGUAUGUUCGUAAGGAGUCACCCGACUCCAUCGAAUCUGUAAAUUAACGUAGCGCGGAAAAGUAGAAGUUCGGUGUUAAUUCGUGUCCUUCGCCGCAGUUAGGUAGUAUAAAGUCAACGGUGGUUCGAAAUAAUUAUUAACAGGGAUAGGAAUAUAGCUGAACGAGGAUUUAAUUGUAGUACCAAGAAGAGUAAUACAUUACAAAUG